AUGAACCCAGCAAGCAUCACUAUUCGGCCUUUCCAGCUAACAGAUGCCGACGACGUACUUUUAUGGGCCGGCGAUGACCGGAUUAUCCGGUUAUUCCGGUGUUAUACUCUGACCUCUAAAGAAGAGGCCUUAACAUUCAUCACAGAAGUCUGCAUGUCUCACCCUUGGUUCAAAUCAAUAUGUAUCGACGACCGGUCUAUCGGAUUCAUAUCGGUUUCUCCGGCCACCGGAGAUGAUCGGUGCAGGGCGGAUUUAGGGUAUGCAAUAGCAGUGCAAUAUUGGGGGCAAGGAAUAACUACAAGGGCUGUGAAAAUGGUGCUUUGUCAAGUUUUCAAGGAGUUUCCUGAAUUAGUAAGGCUGCAGGCUUAUACUGUAUUGGAGAAUAAGGGUUCUCAGAGAGUAUUGGCGAAGGCAGGAUUUGUUAGAGAAGGUGUGUUGAAUUUGGGAAAAUAUAAAUGA